UCUCUCUCUCUCUCUCUCUCUCUCUCUCUCACACACACACACACACACACACACACACCAUAGUACAAACACUAACUUUCAUGACACUGAUACACGCAAUGGUAGCAAACCCUUCACAUGAUUAUCCGAAAAAAACGAAUCCCAAGGGCAAAAAGGUAAAGUGGCAAACGAAACAACCGUCUUCAUGGGACCAGAUCAAGAACAUGCUGAUCUGCAAACACAUUGAUCAGGAUUCCCAAUCCCAUCACACUAUACAUCCCUCAUCAAAAGACGUCGUUCCUCAACGGGCCAAUAUUGUCUGCAGCAAACUUUCCAGGUUAAGAAAGGACGCGGCUCAUGGCAACUCAAGGGUCGUAAAUCGAGCCGAUAAGUCGCCGGAGAAUUGCCGUACUCCCGCCUCUGCGGGGCAAGAAACUAGGCUGCUCAGCCACAAAACUAGCUACGGGUCGUCUUCUUCACUGUCGGUGAGAUCCAGUUCCGGUCGGGGCUUGCAGUUCAGAAAGCUCUCCGGUUGCUACGAAUGCCACGCCGUAGUCGAUCCAGCCAGGUAUCCAUUAAUCCCAAUUACAAGUUUAAAUCGUUGUUCUGAAUGCGGAGAGGUUUUCCCAGAAAUCGAAAUCCUGGAACAUCAUCAAGCAAUUAUGCAUGCAGUGUCUGAACUAGGGCCAGAGGAUUCAAGCCGCGACAUAGUUGAAAUAAUUUUCAAGUCCAGCUGGCUUAAAAAGGACAAUCUAGUGUGUCAGAUCGAACGGAUACUAAAGGUCCACAACACCCACCGCAAGAUCCAACGGUUCGAGGACUACAGAGACUCCGUGAAAGCACGCGCCAGCAUCAGCAACAACUCCGCCAAGAGAAACCCUAGGUGCGCCGCCGACGGAAACGAGCUGCUCAGAUUUCACUCCGCCACCCUCGCGUGCCCACUGGGCGCGCACGGCUCGUCCAGCUUGUGCGGCUCCUCACCCCCUUGCGGUGUCUGCACAAUUAUCCGGCACGGCUUUCAGGGUUAA